AUGAAGCCCACAAGAGGACCUCAGUACAAAGAAAAAGGUAAAGCAGAACCCUAGCAACUGGGGACCCCUCCAGACUGGUGAUUUUCUGCAAGUUUGUUCUGCAGUAUAUCUAUAGUACACAAAGGGAUGCGAGUGGCGCUGUGGUCUAAACCACUGAGCCUCUUGGACUUGUGGAUCGGAAGGUCGGCAGUUCGAAUGCCUGCAACAGGGUGAGCUCCCAUUGCUCUGUCUCAGCUCCUGCCAACCUAGCAGUUCGAAAGCACACCACUGCAAGUAGAUAAAUAGGUACCACUCCAGGGGGAAGGUAAAAGGCGUUUGCGUGUGGUUUGGUCAUGCUGGGCAGAUGACCCGGAAAGCUUUCUGUGGACAAAUGCUGGCUCCCUCGGCCUGAAAGCGAGAUGAGCGCCGCAACCCCAUAGUCGCCUUUGACUGGACUUAACAGUCCAGGGGGGUCCUUUACCUUUUUUAUAUUUAUAGUACAUUAGUGGUAGAUUUUACUGGAUUGUCCAGGCAUCAGUCUGCUUUAUUUCUGUAACUAUCCAAUCACUGAACGCCACUUUCAAUUCCUUAUUUGCAUAUGCGGACCUGAGUGAAAACUAUCUACAGUAGCCCCCUGCUGGCCCAAGGUGAGAACUUCAGUACAUAACAAAACCUUUUGAGAUUUUGCAAAGCUCAACAAUUUCUGUGUCCGGAUUUUCACUUUUUGAAACAUGGCAACCCUAGUAACGUAAUUAUUUUAUUUUUCUUGUAGUCAGCUGUAACACAAGCUUAAGAGAGAAACAAAGAAGAAAAAGCGUCCCAGAUAGAAACUCUUUCGCAGGAAUGCCAGUGGAUGGAAUAGUGUCAAUAGCAACAUUGUACUCAGUAGGGCUGACUUCUGAGUAGAUACACAUAGGAUUUCCGUGUCAGGCUGUGCUUUAAAAAUUCACUGUAACAUUGUAGCCUGCUGUGGUUUGUACGAGCGAGAAUCCAAGGUCAGCUUCUUAUAUUUACACAACAGAGAAAGGCAGCAGUAAAACCUGGAGGGGGAUAAUAAUGGCAAAAUCAUAAGUCAUAGAUCAUAAAUUGUGGUUCCUUUCAGGAAUUCUGACUCAAUCUGAAAUUGCUUCUUCAAGGACCUAUACCUUUGCUUGGAGACAGGUAAAAGCGUUUUAAUAAAUUUUUAAAAAUCAGCAUUUGCCACUCACUUAGGGGAUGAAGUUCUGUUUCUAUGCCCCUGCUGUGAUAAGUUCUUAAAAAGCAAAGGUUAACAAAUCUCUUAUCUUGUUUACUAUCCUCUGUGACCAAGUAGAUAAACUGCUUGCUUUUAUUAGAAUGGCAGGUUAUAAACUUGAGGACAAGGCUGAAAGUUUCAGGUCAAAAUCCUGUGUAAACUUAUCUAAGAGUUAGCAGGAAGUGGGACUCACUUCUGAGAAAAACACACAUACGGUAGGAUUGGUGCUGUAGAUUUCAACUCCUACUUAUUUACUUCAUUACUUCUUUUUAGAGACUGUAAAUUGGAAUGAUCAGGUAACAGAAAAGCAAGCAGAAAAUGGGGAGGAAAGAAAAGCAGAAAACCGAACAUAUAUAGUGAGUUGUUGCGAUGGCUGAGAAGUUAAUUUAGAACCCGAGGGUUGCAAAAAAAGGGGGCAGAAGGUUGCAACAGAUUAUUAUGCUAAAUGGGAUGUGUUUAAUCUGUGUAUGAGAGAGCAGGUCGCUUUGUUGGAAAUGUCAAGAGGCGUAAUUAAGAUGUCGGGACAAGGUCUAAAACGGGCAUGGAAAUGUGCAGCUCCAUUUAAAAAGUUUUGUUUUCAUGAAAGAGAGCCGGCGGUGGUGGAGUGCUUAAAGAGUGUCAGACUAAGACCUGGGAGGGACCAGGGUUCAAAUCCCCCACGUAGCUAUGAUGCUCACUGCAUACCCUACAGCAUUUCUCCAAUGAAAAUAGGGACGUCCUAAGGGAAAGUGGGACAUUCUAGGAUCAAAUAAGAAACCUGGAAAGCUUCUGUAAAUCCAGGACUCUCCCUGGAAAAUAGGGAUACUUGGGAGGAUCUGUCACUGGGUGUGACCUUGGUCCAGUCGCUGCUUCUCUUGGCCUAACCUACCUCACAGGUUCAGGUGGAUAGCCGUGUUCAUCUGUCAUAGUCAUAAUAAAUAAUAUAAAAGAUGAAAAAUCAUUUUUAAUAAUUCCAGUGGCACCUUAAAGAUCAACUAAAUAUAAGCUUUCAAGGUAUGAGCUUUCGUGUGUAAUACACACUUGGUCAGAUGCAAGGAACAAGUCAUCACCAAAUUUAAAGUGAUUGUGGAUAAGGACAAGUGGCAGAGUACUGAGUACAGCAAACCUUUUUGGAACUAAAAUACCCACCUGAUGAAGUUAAAAAAAGGAUCAACAAAGCCAGACGGAUACCCAGAGAGACCUUGCUGCAAGGCAGACCCAAAAGAGAAAACAAUAGAACACCACUAGUAAUCACAUACAGCUCUCAAGUUAAAACCGUUCAACGCAUCAUCAGAGAUUUGCAACAUCUCUUAGAUAAUGACAGCUCUUUUCCCAAGCUCUGGGAGGAAAGCCACCCAAUCUUAAACAGCUCCUCACAUACAACAAUCAGACUUAACAUGGACACUGGCACAAGAGCCUGCAAUAAAUCUAGAUGCCAACUUUGCUGCCACAUACACCUGGACAGCAUCAUUAUUGGCCCCAAUAACAUCAAACAUACCAUCUCAGGCCUAUUUAAUUGUUCAUCUUUUAACGUUAUAUAUGCUGUCAAAUGUCAACAGUGCCCUUCAGCUCUCUAUAUUGGACAAACAGGACAAACUUUAUGCCAAAGGAUAAAAGGUAAAGGUAAAGGACCCCUGGCAGUUAAGUCCAGUCGCGAACGACUCUGCAGCACUCAUCUUGCUUUACUGGCCGCUUCCGGCGAACCAGAGCAGCACACGGAAAUGCCGUUUACCUUCCCGCCAGAGCCGUACCUAUUUAUCUACUUGCACUUUGACAUGCUUUCGAACUGCUGGGUUGGCAGGAGCUGGGACCGAGCAACAAGAGCUCACCCUGUCCCAGGGAUUCGAACCGCUGACCUUCCGAUCGGCAAGCCCUAGGCUCAGUGGUUUAGACCACAGCGCUACCCGCCAAAGGAUAAAUGGGCAUAAAUCUGACACCAGGAAUCAUAAAACAAACCAAUAGGAGAGCAUUUCAAUCUCCCAGGACAUUCUGUGCAGGAUCUUAAGAGUGGCUGUCCUAUUGCAAAAGAAUUUUAGAAAUACACUUGAAAGAGAAGUUGCUGAAUUACAACUCAUUACCAAACUAAAAACUUUGGAGAGACCUGGUCUGAAUAGAGAUAUUAGAGUUAUGUCCCACUAUACAUACUAAAAGUAAUUUUGGUUAUCUAUCCCUUUAAAAAUCCCUUGCCCUUCCCUGCGGAACCAACUGCCAUAACAGUCAUCAACAGCUUUAAGGUUGAAGCGGCAUCUAACGAAGUGUGUAUUACUUUGAAAGCUUAUAUUUAGUUGGAAUUAUUUAAAAAGAUUUUUACAUCUUUUAUCUUGUUAUUUAUUCUGACUACCUCACAGGGUUGUCAUGGGAAUGAAAUGAGGAGGGAGAAAACCACAUAUGCAGAGAAUUGCCAGUGUGUUUAUAAGCAAAACAAGAGUGCUCUUUAUUUGCCAAGUUGGGUCCCAUUCAUCUCCAAGCCCAUUUCGCACGUUCCAGGUCAGGAAAUUUGAAUUGGCUCCAAAGGAUUGACGUGACUUUAAGUCGGUUCGCUUGAAUAAAUCUUGGCUCCUCUCUACCCCCUGGGCAACAGUAGCCACUGCCGGCCCUCUGCUGUGGACUUCUGCAGUGCAUACGUGUUCCCCACGUUCACACGUUACACGCGUAUGAACAAGCCGAGGAAACCCCGCGUCUCAGUCCCGCCCACCCCCUCUCCGAAGAAGGUGCUGCUCUUUCUGGGCUGUCUCCCGCUCCAGAUAAAUUACAGCCUGCGCUCGCCGCUGAUUGGCUAAGGCGCUUGAGCGAGGAGGAGGAGGAGGAGGAGGGCGUGGCAAGGCAGGAUACGACAGCUCCUGAUUGGCGGAGCGGACGUUCCCCCCGGGCAAGACGAGGCUCAGCAAAUAGCCAACGCUUUUAGCGAGGCGAGGAUAGGAGAAGGAUGCCUCGGCUUCUGAUUGGGCAGAGAGAAUAAUUGCUUGAUGGUCUCCUCGCUUUAAGCGCCUGCGCGGUUAAUUCCUCCGGUUGCUGCCCUUACCCCUCUUCUAACGCCACACGUGCCUUAGAACGAUGGCGCCGUGAACGUUCUAACGGCCUCCAACGGCAGACGCGGCGCGAGAGGGCGGGGCGAGGCGAGAGAGAGCGAAAGAGAGCGCGGAGCCUCCGUUGAGCGCCUGCCGCGCCUGCGCAGACUGGUGAGUAAGUGGGGGAGGGGCGGUGUCUGUAGUUUUUUGUUUUGUUUUGUAUUUAUUUUACCGCGUUUAUAUCCCAACUUCUUUCGUCCAAGGAGCCCAAGGUGGCGUGCAUGGUUUCUUCUCCGUUAUUCCCCGUGUUAUAAACACUACAACCCUGUGAGGUAGACUAGCCUGAGAGGGAGUGUCACACCCAGUGAGCUUGGUCGAUAAAUGAAAUAAUAAUGAAGGAAGGUGAGGACAGGUGACCUCACCUGGGCCCGAAGUCACCCCCCACCAAAGCAGGCUCAAAGCUUCUCAAGACUUUUCAUUAUUUUUUUAAAAUAAUAUUUAUUAAAGUUUCAAAGGGAAAAAAAUCACAUUAAUAAAAAAAAUUAACAAUAAAAAGGAAAAAUACAAAGUAGGAAAAAAAAAGAAAAACAGUUAAAAACAAUUCCAUCUUUUCCUCACUUCUUUUACUUUUACUUGUUUCCCGGACCUCCUCAUACCUCCCUCUUUUGUGUUCCAAUUCAAUUUGUUAAUCCAACAAUUCCUUUCCCUCCUUUCUAAUCCUAAUCCCUAGUCUUGAUAUAUUGUAACGUUAGAUUUUUACAUAUUAAAAACCAAUUUUUCCAUAUUCUUUUGUACCUAUACAGCUAGAAACCACUUAACUUCAAUCCAACAUCAUUCUAACAUUAAUUUUGCAAUAUUUCUGUAAAUAGUCUUUAAAUUUCUUCCACCGACUCUUCUCCCUGGUCACGGAUUCUGCCAGUCAUUUCUGCCAAUUCCAUAUAGUCCUUCUCAAAACUUUUCAAAAUCAUUUUCUCAGCAGCUAAGCAUCAGAAACAUUCCGCUCUGCUGUAACAAAGGUAGAGAACAGUCCAUUGUUUCUCAGGCCUUUCUCAUGUCUUCUGGCCUUGCUAAAGAACCACAUUGCAACUUGCUUUCUGUCCGGGAACCAUGCCAGAACAAGAGAUUGAAACAUAUCUGAACAUGCUGAAAACCCCCUCGGCUUCUCAUUCCCCCUUUCCUGGGAAGAGUGGUACCUCGCAAGACGAAUGCCUCGCAAGACGGAAAACUCGCAAAACGAAAGGGUUUUUGGGUUUUUGAGUUGCUUCGCAAGACAGAAACGUCUUGCAAGUUUGUUUCCUUUUUCUUAAGACCGUUAAUACAGUUGCGACUUGACUUCGAGGAGCAACUCAUAGCACGCGGUGUGGUAGCCUUUUUUGAGGUUUUUGAAGACUUUGGUGAUUUUUGAAGCUUUUCCAAAACUUUUCCGACACCAUGCUUCGCAAGACGAAAAAAACCGCAAGACGAAAAAACUCGCAGAACGAAUUAAUUUCGUCUUGCGAGGCACCACUGUAGUCCCAAGACAGCUUUCUGUACAUGCUCAGGAACCUCAACAUGAGGCAGGACUCCUGAGGGAGGAGAAAGGAGGAGGGAACUGGAAAGGGGUAUAUAUGCUUGUGCACAUGAUUGUGAACUCGUGCAUGCUUUUUGUGACUUAUCACACUUGCUCCUUCUACCAGUUCAUGGAUGGUAGAAAUAAAAGCCUUUUCUCCGAAACUAUUCCUUGAGUGUCUGUUGACUCCCACUUCCCUUUCCCAGGCGCAAUAUUUUUACCACCCGAGGGCAAAGCCUCAUAAGGCUACAAUAUGUAAGUUUGUUCUGGGUAUAAGCUUUGUAUAAGAACAAACUUAGUUGGUCUCUAAGGUGCUACUGGACAGUUUUUAAAUUUAUUUUGACUGCGUCAGACCAACACAGCUACCUAACUGAAUCUGAAAUAAUGUGUGUGUAUAUAUACAUAAAUGAUGGGAAGUUCUGCUUCUGCACAUGAGUCCUCAUCCACCCUAAAAGGUUCAGUUCACAUUGAGUUCAUGAAACAUCAUACCCUGACCUGUUCUUAAUGCAUGGUUGACCACAUCUACGGAAUGCGAUUGUUAUGUUCUUUUAAGUUUUGCAAUAUCAAUCACUAGUAAUAGUUUAAUAAGGAGGUUUUCAUACCUGUCUAACCAUGUGUUCCCUUUCCAAACCUUUAACCUAUUGAUGAUUAAUGCCCUUGCAUUGUAUUUGUGUUAACCAAUCAGCAACAAGCACAUAUGUGGCAAUGCUGUAAUAUUCAAUAAAAGGGACUCACUGAGACAUGCUCGGCAGAUGCCUCCCAUAUGACACUUGUCACUCGUCUGUCGUUUAUUUCAACCCAACACAUAAACAUAUACAAAUAUAUUUCUAGGGAGGGAAAAUACGCUUCAGGUGGUAAUAGAAAUAAUUAUCAUUAUUUAUUACCCAACCCUUUACCUUAAGAUCCUGGUUACAUGUGUAAGUAUGCAAUGUAGUCAAGUUUUAUUAGUAUUUGCCGCUAAUUAUUGUCAUUCACAAUAAUUGGCAUAAGACUCUUAAAUGUGUAAUGUGUAGAUUGGAGCCAGGUGGGAAAUGGUUGCUCCAGGAAGACGGGAAUAAACCCCCCGAAAUGGAAAUAGACAAUAUUUUUAUUAAUUGAAUUGAUUUGCCGCCCUAUACCCUGAGGCCUCAGGGUAGUUCACAGAACAAAAUCAAAACAUAAAACCACAGAAUCUACAAUCGAAAUAAAAGCAACAACCCAGUGCCACCCCCACCCCCCGUAUUUAAGACCUUCAUUUAGCUUCCAUGGAUAUACAGUUAGAUAUAAAAGGUUUAAAACUCAACAGAUUGUGGAUCCGUUCAGAUAAUGUGUAGGUAAAUAGGUGAUGAUGUUCCUGUUUAUACUGCAUGCAUUACAUUUAAUGUUUGUUUAUUGCAGGGGACUCUGCAAUAAAACUGGCAGUAAUCUGGGAGGUUCAGGUCAAAGUUGCUGAGCUUUUUUUAGGAAGGAAAGUCCCAUUUUUAUGGGGUCCAGGACAGAAAUGUUCAACUUUUUUUUGGAGGAGCAAAAGCUGUUGAGCUUCAUUGGUGGGAGCCAGUGAUCUACCUGUUGGACGUGCCUGGUUUAUUCCAUUUAUAUCCUACCUUUUCCCCCUCAAGGUGGCAUGCACAGUUAUGGGUGAUCAUUUGUAAAUAGCGUAGUAUAGCCAGUCUAUGCUUCCUUGCAUGUACCGUUCACUUGUCCAGAACAUGCACAUUCCAUUCCAUUAGCUCUUUGAUCAACACAGUUCAUUAUUAGUUCAUCAACAGCAUCCAUUUUGUGGUGGUGGUCUUCAGCCAUUUUAGGUCCAUUCAAAUAAUACCAUUCAUUACAAAAGUAAGGCCUGGCAGCUUCUGGGUAGACUACAUCAGUUUAUUUACAGGAGGUGAUAAUGAAACGCCUGUGUUUGAUAGAUAAGAAUAUUAUUCUUAGGAUAUUUUGCUUGAGCAAAAAGGCAUAAAUUCACAUUAUUUCUUAUUGGCCAAGAUGUUAUUUGAGAGAAUUCGCAUUGACAUUUUUUAAAACACACACACGUAAUAUCAUUUAUUUUUAGCACUAUAGAGACCAAAUUGGAAUUGAAUGAGAUUGAUGUAGCUUGCAGAACCUGGAGAGAGCUAUUAAAGAAUGUGUAUUGCAGGUGGGAGAGAUCUGGAGCAGGUAUUGGGAAUAUCAAUACCAGAUGACCUGUGGGGGGUCAGGUUACCCCAGUUUCAAGUACCAUUUAACAACCUGGCCUUUGCUUUGGUUUUAUAGGGAGAUACUCACUUUUAUUCAGAUAUUUGCAACACACACAAGUGCCUGUAUUGUUUUAUCACGUUCCUCAAAUAUACUGUAUAAACUACAGAUGCUAGGAUAGUGAACUGGUGUCGUUAAUUUACUAAUAUGUGUCCUCCCAAAGGAGCCUGGAAUGGCAAGCAACAAGUGAUAAAACAACACAAAUGCCUUUAAAACAAUUGCAGCACAGGUGCAGACUGUCAGGAUUUAGUCAAGUAAGUCCUGUACAGUGGUACCUCAGGUUACAUACGCUUCAGGUUACAGACUCCGCUAACCAGAAAUAGUGCUUCAGGUUAAGAACUUUGCUUCAGGAUGAGAACAGAAAUCGUGCUCCGGCGGUGCAGCAGCAGCAGGAGGCCCCAUUAGCUAAAGUGGUGCUUCAGGUUAAGAACAGUUUCAGGUUAAGUACGGACCUCCGGAACGAAUUAAGUACUUAACCUGAAGUACCACUGUAAUUGAAAUUGGUAGGGUUACGUUUCUAAUUCGUCCUUUUCUUCUUGGGAGUAGUUUGGGGGAGCGUGAGGAAGCAAAUACUGGUUUUGGGAAAAUCUAGGGCCCAAAGGAAUUUAAUAAUAAUAAUAAUAAUUUUUAUUUUUACCCCACCCUCCCCAGCCAAGGCCGGGCUCAGGGCGGCUAACAAGCAAUAAUAAAAACAAGUUGAAUGAAUACAACUUAAAAACAAGAUUAAAAUACAACAAUUAAAAUAUUGAAACAGUAAAAUGCAGCCUCAUCAAAAUUAUUCUCAGCUGCUUGGGUUUUAAUAGCCCUAUGAAGUUCUCAAGGUCACACCCAUUCUUAAUUGGUGAUAACUUGCAGCUGGGCUUGUUUCCAGCUAUCAUCUCCUGAGUAGUUCUGGAAGAGUCAUGAGUCCCACCCCCCGCUUUUGGAUUGGUGGGGGCAUAAAGAUGGGCUGUCCCCUUUCCAACAUGAUGUAGAACAUAUUUCGCCUUGCAGUGUGUUGGCCUGUUGCCUGGUCACUAGAUUGGGACGUGCCAAGCCCGUCUCUCGGGGAGCAGGAAGUGCCAGCCUUGGUAAAAGAAGUGCAUGGUAAGUUUAGCUAGCAAAGUCUUGAUUAUUAUUAUUUUAUUGUGUGGUGGUUCUGUAAUUCCAAUGUUUCAAACUUCUAAUUUGUCUUGUUUUGUGGAAAUUCUACCUGUGCAAUGGAGUAGAGCAGUGGUUCACAAAGUGGGUGGUGCGCCCCCGCCCCCCCGCGUGGUAUGACCUAGGUAGGGGUAAAUGACUCUGAAAAGCUGACAAAAUUGUCCAGUACCACCUUAAAGACCAACUAAGUAUGUUCUGGGUAUAAGCUUUCAUGUGCAUGCACACUUCUUCAGACAGGUAAAAUGGAUUAAUCCGUUCCAGACUUUUAAAAACAACCCCUAAAACAACAAUUUAACAUGAAUUUUACUAUCUAAUGAAGCCACUGAUCCAUAAAAUGAAAGCAAUAAUCGAUGUACUGUACUAUAAAAUAAAUAAGACAGUAUUGUAGAUGAUAAAAAAAUAAAUAAAUCUUUCUUGCACUGAUGAUAGUUUGUUUGGAUGGGGGGCUUUUAUCCAUUUCCACAGUCACAAUCAAUCAGUCAGUAGCUGAACUGGGUUCCACACAGUUACAAAAACAAGUUGACCAAAAAAGCCGCAAAAACAAAAGUGCCAAACUUAAUCCCUUCCGGAAGUCCGUUUGACUUCCGAAAUGUUCAAAAACCAAGGCGCAGCUUCUGAUUGGUGCAGGCGCCCCAAAACAAUAACCAACAAUCACAUCGGACGUUCGGCUUCCAAAAAAUGUUCAAAAGCUGGAGCACUUAUGUCCGAGUUUUUGGCAUUUGGGAACCAAGGUGCCACUGUAAUCCUUUUUAUAGGGUAGAGUAGGUUAAGGGGCACUGGGGGUGAGUUUAUAAACCAAGGAGUCAGAGGUCAGAAGUUUGGGAGCCAAUGGAUUACAGGAUCUGUGUGGCUGUUCCCCGAUAGUUUUCUCUUGCUGUAAAAAUCUGUGAAUUCAUGGAAAAAGACUGUGGUCUUAAAUUCAGUGUUCUAGAUUGCUGGGUCACCGAGGCUUCUGAUAUAGAGACUUCUUUUUAUUUUAUUUGGGAUUUGCAAGCAGGAUAAGUACUAAGGCACAUUCCAGCUCCUGAGAAGCCCUGGUUGCUAAAGUUUUGAAAUUGUACCCCUACUGGUCUUUAAGUCUGGGUGGUGGCAGUAUUUAUCUUUUGACUAAGUGGGCAUUGGGACCGAUAUUUUUAUAUCUCACAAGUGGGGAUUUGAACCCUCCCAGUUCCUAGUUGCACACACUCGAAUCGCUGCACCACACUGGCUUCCUAGAGGAGUACUGCUAUGGGAUUACUCUUAUCAAUUAAGCAGGUAAAUAAAUAUAGUUUUUCUGGUUCUGUUCUGUGGAACGCUGUUCCACCAGAGACUUAGUAAGCAUCCUAGCUGUUGACUUUCAGGCAUCUCUUAAAGACCUUUUGAUGUCAACAGGCCCUUGGUGCUGUUUUGAUUUUUGGUUAGCCAGUCUCCUUAAUGGUUAUCUGUAGUUUUAUUUUUUAACAUGGGGUAGUAUGUUUUUACAUUGUGCGCCACCUUUAUAUUUUAUGAUGUAGCAGGGUGGAGAAAUAAAUAAAGAUUGGAAUGGCAGCCACCACCAGAGAGCCAGAAUUGUUUGAGAAUUAUCCUGGUUGUGGUGAACAUUUAUACUUUGUUGUUUGUUUGUUUACUUAAUGGUGAAGGCCUCUAGGAGAGUGUACAGGAGGGUUUGGGCAGCCUAGUGUCCUACAUGUUUUGGGAUUUCCAUCAGCAUAUCGGAAGAUUGAUUGUAAUUCGAAGAAGUGUAGUUGGCCUGGCUCUAUUAAUCCUUCAUAUCACUGUUAAAUGAAGGCUGUUAAUAAAACAGACAACCCCUCUUUCUCUCUCAGGCCUGAUAGCUGCUUACAUUUGCCCGACCUGAAUUCCUAACGGAAGCCCCUCAUAGCUGCCGAGCUUGCAUGCCAGAGGCAUGGGCCUCCCUUGUUUAGAGAUAACGUGGCUGUAAUAUAUUGGGAGGACUCCAGGAUUAAAUGCAUUUUAGGCACGCAGCCCGAACCAUGGGAUCUUAAUGUCUGGUGUGAUUAAUUUGGCAAUUGGAUUUUGCAAUUGCGCCUAAUGCAUAUAAACCUCUAGAAUUUGACCCAGAAUUUGAGCCUCAACACAAACCAGGAACAGCAAUGCUGUUGGAUUGGCUAGACUGGGGUCUUUCUCUUGGCUGUUGUCUCUGGAGCUCCUGGAAGCUGAAUUGAAGCGGGUGCCAUCUGUUCUCUGGGUAUGAUGUUGUACUUCUGUAUAGGUUGCCUGCUGUUUAAUAAACCUUAGACUUUCUCACCCACUUGUGUGUCUUGCGUUUGCUUUUGAACCCCUGAAGAAAAAGAACCCCCUUGCCUUUGACAAGACAUUAGCCCAAGUAUUGGCUAAGAGCACGGUGGGAGUUGUAAUCCAACAACAUCGGACAGGCACUCAGUUGGGGAAUUGUUGGCAAAGUGGAUUUAUGGGUAGAGAGGGAUAUGUGCCCUCUCCAGAUGCCUUCUUGUAGAGUUGUAUCAAUUCUCUUCCGUAUGGUCUGAAUUCGCAUUCCCAAUUACUUGGUCUGUUCAACCCACAAGCUGAAGUCAAUAUUAACAUACGAAACACAGAAGCCACCAAAUGAAUUGCCAAAUAAGGGAGUCCACUUCUCAAGGUGCUGGUAACUUAAUGGUGACUUAGUUUUUCCUAGCAGACCAAUGUGUUUCAGCCAAAAGGCUACCUUCAGGGGAUUUCUAUAAAAGAAACGUAAUAGGAAUGUUGGUGUAAUGCAAACAGUGGGUUAAAUUACACAGUGCUUGGGCUCAUGUCUUGAGGAGCACCCCCCCCAAAAAAGUCUGGAUGUUCAGAGAUAAGGUGCCAGGUGCACUGAGUUACCAUAGCAACACCAGCAGGGUUGAGUGUAUGACUUGCUGAGUCAUUCAUCCUCCCAUUGUUUCAGGAAAAGUAGAGACAGAUCUAAUAAUUUCAAGAGCACUGCUUUCAUGAUGUCCUGUUUGCAUGUCGGGAUUUUGCAUAGCAGCGUUAGCUAGCAUGGUGACGGUGUUAGUUGAUCUCUGUAUAUAUGUAUCUUCAGAGACCAGAAGAACUGUUUAUAGUAGGCAGUAGUGUUUACAUUUGUCUUGUGUCGGAGACAAGAAACAUUUUGUUACUUUGAACUGCAUCGGAGAGGAGCUUUCCCCUUAACUGGGGAUUCUGGAAGAAGCUGUUUUGCAGGAGGAGGAUAUCUCUGAAGACUCUGCUGGGGCUCUGCAUGCUCUGAGGUGUGGUGAACUACCAAGUGACUCCCACAAGUAACCAACAAGGAACACCUGCAAAACAUAGUAUUAAUUCCGUAUAUACAGUGGUACCUCGGUCUAAAAACAGUCCUGUUAAUGAACAAUUCAGGCAACGCACUCCACAAGACCGGAAGUAGGUGUUCUGGCUAGCGAACUUUGCCCCGGAAGACAGAAGCCGACCGGUGGUGGGAGGCCUCAUUGGGGAAAGCACGCCUCAGUUUAAGAACACUUUCGGUGUAAGAAUGGACUUCUGGAACGAUUUAAGUUCGGAAACGGAGGUACCACUGUAUAAACAUCCAUCAAAUAGCUCCAAACUUAAAAAAAAAACAACACCAAGAUAAAUGUCCAAAAAGGCAAGUUAAAGCAUAAGUGGUAACCAUGAUUUGUUCUUGGCCUGCUGCUCAUGGUUUGAGGAAACUAACAUGAGCCUGGGUUCAGAUGUAAUGGCAAGUUUCCAGUUAUGGGCACCUUGGUUUUAAGAAGCAUAUUGAUGAGCUGAAACGCUUGUGGAGGAUGGUGUGAGAAAUGAGGAUGUUUCUUUUUCACAUAAGCCACAAAAGUACCCAAUUCUUACAAGGCCAACCAAGAUGAUCAAGGGUCUGGAUAGCAAGCCUUACAAGGAACGGUUGAGGGGAAUUUGGGUAUGUUUAGCCUGGGAAAGAGGAGACUGAGGAGAUAUGAUAGCCAUCUUCAAAUAUCGAAAAGGCUGUUGAAUGAAACAUUGGAGCAAGCUUGUUUUCUCCUGCUUCGGAGAGUAGGACCAGUAAUAAUGGCUUCAAGUUACAAGAAAGGAGAUUCCAACUAAACAUCAGGAAGAACAUUUUGACAGUAAGAGCUUUUUGACAGUGGAACGGACUUGGGAAGUUGCAGACUCUGCUUCCUUGGAGGUUUUUAAGCAGAGGUUGGAUGGCCAUUUGUCAUGAAUGCUUUAGCCGAGAUGCCUGCAUUUCAAGGGGUUGUAUUAGAUGACCCUUGGAGUCGCUUGCAACUCCACAGUUCUGUGAUUAAUAAUAGUGUGUGGUGUGCACACAGGCCUCUGAUAUAUUGAACUGACUGCAUUUAAAUCUGGUGUAGGUUUAAAUUAAAUGUCGGUUACCUGAUUCAAACUUUAAUUAGCAUCUUAAGGAAAAUAAUGUUUGAUCUCGACUCAUAAGAUGUAAUUAUUGUGUUUUAGGGUGCAAGAAAUUAA